AUGCAAACGAACGUUACAACUCGUCAAAACGAAUUAAUUGCUGCUCGUCGAGUCCCUGACAAUUGCAUCUUUAUCGGAGGCCAAUGCGUAAAGCCCAAAGGAGCUGAUGCAAAUGCGAUUCCUUUAAUAAACCCUGCUACAGAAGAGGUGAUUGGAACAUGCGCAGAUGCUAAUGCUGAAGAUGUCAACAAGGCUGUGGAAAACGCUCACGAGGCAUUCGAGUCUGGCAUCUGGUCGAAGCGUAGCGGAAACGAACGUGGAGCCGUUCUUCGUAAGAUUGGUCAACUAAUGCGUGAAAACCGAGAUUUGCUUGCUGGAUUGGAUGUUUUGAACUGCGGUAAACCCACCUCUUAUGCGUUAUUUGAUGUAGACUCCUCUGCCGAUUUAUUAGAUUAUUAUGCUGAAAUUGCUGAAACCGACGAGGUUUCUAGAGUGGUUCCUUUAACGAAUGCCCCCGGUUACGUCGGCAAAGAAAAGCGUUUCCCCAGAGGCGUUGUCGGUGUUAUUACCCCUUGGAACUUUCCAUUGAAAAUGGCCCUUUGGAAAUCGAUUCCUGCCUUGGCGUCCGGUAAUACUGUCGUCCUUAAGCCUUCAGAAGUUGCUCCCUGGUCCUGCCUCGAAUUUGCCCUUUUGUGCAAGGAAGGUGGCUUGCCCGACGGCGUCUUCAAUGUAGUCAUUGGUUCUGGCAAGGAAACUGGUGUCGCUCUUAGCCACCACGACAAGAUUUCCUAUCUUGCCUUUACGGGUUCGUUGUUCACAGGCAAGAAAAUUAUGCAUGCAGCCUCUGACCACGUCAUUCCCGUGACUCUUGAAUUAGGUGGUAAAUCGCCUUUGAUUGUCUGUAAAGACGCUGAUCUUUCUCUUGCUUGCAGAUCGGCUGCUUUUGGUAUUUUUUUCAAUCAAGGUGAAGCUUGCACCGCAGCUUCCCGUCUACUCAUUGAGGAAGAUGUGUAUGAGGAGGUGCUUAAGGGUGUCCUUGAAGAAGCAAAGAAAAUUGUUUCUGGAAACGGAUUGCAAGAGAAUGUAAAUAUGGGUCCCUUGGUAAGCAAACCCCAGUACGAAAAGGUACUUCAAUUGAUCCAAACAGGUUUUGACGAAGGUUUGAACUGUGUUUUUGGUGGACUGCCUAAAGAAAGUGGAAAAGGUUACUUCGUUCCUCCUACGAUUUUCACCAAUGCCGAAACCAACAAUACUUUAUGGAAAGAGGAAGUGUUCGGCCCCGUGCUGAUCACCAAGACUUUCCGCACAAAUGAAGAAGCUCUCGCCUUGGCCAAUGCUACUGAAUAUGGUCUCGGAUCAGGCGUGUUCUCCACGAAUCGCGAUACCCUCGACUACUUUGCGGAUAACAUUGAGGCAGGCAUGUGCUCUCUUAACACUUAUCACUUUUCUAGCCAUGAGCUUCCAUGGAUUGGUUGGAAGCAUUCCGGUUUGGGUAUUGGAUUGGCUACUCAUGGUUAUUAUGAAUAUACUCGUUUGAAGCAAAUUGCUGAGUAUGUUGGCGAUGCUUAG